GUUCCUGUCUGUAAACAGUCUUUCGGGGCCUGUACCAGCGUCCAUUGGUAACCUCCUCGGAUUAGAAAGCUUACAUCUCCACCGGAACAAUCUCUCAGGGACCAUCCCACCGUCCAUUGGAAGCCUUGUCUACUUGAAAAAAUUCACCACUUGGGGCACCAACCUCACGUGUCCAGCGAACUACACCAGCUGUGUCCAGAACCAGACAGUUUGGACUGCCUUCUGCCGCAAGUGCCCUUCUUUCUGCGCAACCUGCUUGAAUUCAACAGCAAGCACCAACACCACCAGCAACACCACCAGCAACACCAACAGCAGCAGCAGCAGUGAGCCGGACUCAGCAACGUCUGGAGGCAGCAGUGGCUUACCGCUGGGGACAAUUAUCGGCAUUGUUGUUGCUUCCGUGGUGCUGCUGCUGCUGCUGCUGCUGACGGCUGUGCUGCUCUACCUCCGCCACAAGCGGCAACAGAAAUCACCACGUGCCACACUCACCCACCAAGCAGCCACAGUUGGCACUUUGGCAGGUUUAAAGAGUGCCGAGUUGUCUCUCGCUGAGGUUGAAGCGGCCACCAACAACUGGUCUGUGGAGAACCAACUAGGCUCGGGGGCCUUUGGCGACGUGUACAAGGGGGUGUCUCCUCGCGAUGGUGUCACUGAUUGGGCUGUGAAGCGCGCCAAGCUGCUGGUUGUGGACUUCCAGCGGGAGCUCCAGCAAAUGGCCGACAAGAACCAUCCCAACAUCGUGCGGCUGCUUGGGUUUGCUGUGGGGGGGGACAUGAGGACACGGCCAGAGCAGGUUCUCAUCUACGAGUUUGUGUCUAAUGGUGACCUUGAGAAGUGGCUGGACCCAACAA